AUGCAUCAGGCAGAUUAUAGAGCAGGUAGGGAGAUCAGAAAACGUAUGCGUAUGGAUACGGUUCCCGACCUGGUGAGCGACACCUCAGACACAGACGACGAUAUGAGCAAUUAUACCUAUGAGAGUGCCUAUGUGCACAAUUACACAGAGAUAAAUAACGAACGGACUCGUAUUAUGAAUUUGGUUGUGCAAAUUGUGAGCGAGACAAUCUCGCUCCGCCACGGUACAAACCAGGUUUCAUUGCAGAGGUUCAUACAACGCAUUUUGGAGCGCUCGGGGCUAGGAAUGACUCGAUUCUUAAGGGGGAUUGCUAUUCUACAAAGAUCAACGUCUUCAGAUGGCAUCUUCCAGCAGAUAUUGUAUUCCAUGAUGCUUUCGGACGGUCUCCCGCAGGAUUACAACGGAUGGUCAAGGAUUAGUGGGAUCAGCAGCAAUCGGCUGCAGGCUGAGGUCCACACGUUUGCAUCCCAGCUGGGCGAUUUAGCUGUGGAUGAUGAACAGGUUUGGAAGCUCAACCAGAGCAUUAAGAGUGAGGUUUUAAAGUAUGUAAAAGUAGCACGUGAAUUUUGCUAA